GCAAAGAGAAUAUUGGAAAUGUCUGCAAUAGAGUAGUCAAAAAAAAAGAGACAGCGGCCAAAGCAAAAGAUGAAAGAAGAGGCGUGAAAGUUACAAAUUGACCCUUCCUCUUCAUACUCUCUCUCUCUCUCUCUGCAUUCCAUUCCAUUCCAUUCUAACUCUUUCUUUCGUCCAUUCGUUUCAUUCAUGUAUUAUUAUUAUUCCAUUCAUUCAUCACAUCACCAUCCACUUAUAUAAUUAAUUAAUUAAUCAAUACAUAUAUAGUAUUACUUUACUUUUACCCAUAAGCCAGAAACUACUUCAUCAAUUCAUUGCACCUCCAAUUCCUUUCUCUUUUAUUUUCCUGCUUCAAAAAGGAAGGAUCAAAUAACUGGAAUGGAAAAAGAAGAAGAUGUGCCUACAGCUGAUGUUAAAUCUACAUUGUCAUCAAAAGAUGAUAAUAGUGGUACCCAACUUCAAAGGCUGCAAUAUCAAGUUACUAAAUUGUUUAAGGGUUUUUCAACUUCACAUGAUGUUGAAAAUCAAAACACUAAUUACAAUCCUGAAAUCCUCACUAGUCUUAAGCGUCAAUGGGCCGCAAACUUUCACUUGAAGUACAUGGGUCAAAGGUCUUGGAAGGAGCCCUCACGAUUGUUUGAGAGCAUGGUGGUUGUUGGACUUCACCCUAAUUGUGAUGUUCAGGCACUGCAUAGGCAAUUUGUUGAUAGAAAACUUGAAGGAUCUGGCAAAUUGAGAAGUGAACUUGGUUGUCAGAGUCAAUCUCGUGCAGAACCCAAUAUUGAACCUCAGGUCUUGUUUGUUUAUCCUCCAGAAAAACGGUUGCCUCUUAAAUGCAAGGAUCUUCUUUCUUUCUGUUUCCCCAGAGGCUUGGAGGUUCAAGCUGUUGAGAGAACCCCUUCCAUGAGUGCGUUGAAUGAAAUUUUUUUCGGGCAGGAACACCUUAAAAAAAUGGAUCUUUCAUUUGUAUUCAGGUUACAGGGUUCUGACAAUUCAACACUUUAUGGGUGUUGUAUUUUGGUUGAAGAACUAGUGCAAAAGCCCUCUGGAUUGCUGUCUCUGAUUUCUGACAAGCAGCCAUCCUACUCUUCUUUAAGACGUUAUAUAUUAACCACUCAGAGAUGUUACUGCAUUCUUUCAAGACUUCCAUUUUUUGAACUACACUUUGGUGUAUUAAAUAGCAUCUUCACUCAAGAAAGGUUAGAGAAGUUGACGAAAAGUGUUGGAGAUUCAAAUUUAGAAUUUGUUGAAGGUAGCUUUGAUGACGAAAACUCAGAGGAAAAUUCAGAGAGUGUGUUGGUAAGUGAUGAUAUAAUAGAUCACACGGAGAACCUAAAGGUUGAUGGAGAGCUGCAGUCUUAUAAGGAGAGAAUAAAUUAUGACAGUGUUGUGCCUACUGAGCGUGAAACUGAUAGGACAGCAGCCAAAGAAGAAUCUGGCCCUACAAUUUCUGAAGAUAGUGAUGAUCACCCGGAGAACCUAAAGGUUGAUGGAGAGCUGCAGUCUUAUAAGGAGAGAAUAGAUUAUGACAGUGAUGUGCCUACUGAGCAUGAAACUGAUAGGACAGCAACCAAAGAAGAAUCCGGCCCUACAAUUUCUGGUGAUAGUGAUGGUCAACCAGAGAACCUCACGGUUGAUGGAGAGCUGCAGUCUAAUAAGAAAAGAAUAGAUUAUGACAGUGUUGUGCCUACUGAGCAUGAAACUAAUAGAACCGUAGCCAAAGAAGAAUCUGGUCCUACAAUUUCUGAAGAUAGUGAUGGCCAACCAGAGAACCUAAUGGUUGAUGGAGAGCUGCAGUCUUACAAGAAAAGAAUAGAUUAUGACAGUGUUUUGCCUAAUGAGCAUGAAACUGAAAGGACAGCAGUCAAAGAAGAAUCUGUCCCUACAAUUUCUGAAGAUAGUGAUGGCCAACCGGAGAACCUAAUGGUUGAUGGAGACCUGCACUCUUAUAAGGAGAGAAUCGAUUAUGACAGUGCUGUGCUUACUGAGAAUGGAACUAAUAGGACAACAGCGAAAGAAGAAACCGGCCCUGCAAUUUCUGAAGAUAGUGAUGGUCAUCCGGAGAGCCUAAUGGUUGAUGGGGAGCUUCAGUCUUAUAAGAAAAGAAUAGAUUAUGACAGUGUUGUGCCUACUGAGCUUGAAACUGAUAGGACAACAGCAACAGAAGAAUCCGGCCCUAUAAUUUCUGAAGAUAGUGAUCAGAAUGGAGAUGCUUUUACAACCAAUAAAGAAUUAGAAGAUAGGAAUGUACCCAAUGCUAUUUUGCCCCUCAUGCAUUAUUGCCAGUAUGAAAGCUCUGAAUCAUCUUGCAGUUUUCAAGGCUCACCUUGUGAAGACAAGAAUUUCAGGAGUGACAUUGAUGAUAAUGAAGCAGAAGAUGCAUCUUUUUCUGGCCAAGAGAAGUUAGAUGACUUAAAUGAUAUUCUUGAUUGGGCUGUGGAAAAUGACCAUGGACCCCUACAAAUUAUAUGCAAGUAUUACCAGCUAAGUUGUCCUUCCUGGGGUUCAGCACUCACAUUUCAUCCUUUGGAGCACCUGCAUCCCUUGGAAUAUCAUAGACCAGCCGCGACAAUCUUAUGUCGUACUGGUUCACCAAUUGAUUUGAAACAUUUCAGCACUGGUCUGGAUUUAGCGGAUGCACAUAAUACUCUUGCGGUGGAAGAGGCAACUUCGUUAUCUGUGUGGACUAUAGCUUGCUUAUGUGGCACCUUGAGACUUGAAAAUGUGUUGACAUUCUUAGCAGGAGUUCUGCUGGAGAAGCAGAUACUUGUUGCCUGUUCUAAUUUGGGAAUCCUAUCUGCUUCAGUUUUAUCAGUUAUUCCGCUAAUCCAGCCUUAUCGAUGGCAAAGCCUGCUAAUGACAGUUUUGCCGAAUGACAUGCUUGAGUUUUUAGACGCACCUGUCCCAUUUAUAGUUGGUAUCAAGAACAAGAUCAGUGAAGCCCAGUCAAAGUUGACCAAUGUUAUUGUGGUUGAUGCCAACAGAAACCAGGUGACGUCACCAACAAUGCCACAACUGCCAAGACAGAAAGAGCUAAUAUCUUCUUUACGCCCUUAUCAUGCCACUCUUGUAGGAGAAAGUUACUUGGGAAGAAGAAGGCCAGUAUAUGAUUGCACAGAAAUGCAGAUUGGAGCUGCAAAGGGGUUCCUUUCAGUGUUGAGGUCUUAUUUGGAUUCUCUUUGCUACAACAUUCGUUCUCACACAAUUACCAAUGUACAAUCGAAUGACGAUAAGGUAUCUUUGCUUUUGAAGGAGAGUUUCAUCGGCUCGUUCCCGUAUCGCGAUCGGCCUUUCAUGAAGCUUUUCGUGGAUACACAGCUUUUUUCUGUACACACAGACAUUGUCCUCUCUUCUGUACAAAAGGAAUAGGGAUGCCAUGCAAAACAUUCCGGAAAUAUUAUUGUAAUGUUUCAAGCGUGAAUGCAAUUUCAGUGUUGCAUAAAUUUCUUUAUUGAGUGUAAAUUUUCUCCCUUUGAGGCACCUGUAAAUAAUUAUUUAAAUUACAUAUUCAAGCCUAAAUUACGUAAUAAAAGUUAAAUAGUUAAAGAUAUGUUA